AUGAAGGCUAUGUUCACUGCAGUAGUGCUUCUAUUGGCUGCUGCCGCCGUUAUGGCUGGUUUCAUAGGCUACGGUGGUAUUGGCCAUGGAGGUUUUGGUGGUAUUGGCCAUGGAGGUUUCGGUGGUAUUGGCCAUGGAGGUUUUGGUGGUAUUGGCCGUGGAGGUUUUGGUGGUAUUGGCCGUGGAGGUUUCGGUGGCUUGCAUGGAGGCUACGGUGGUAUUGGACAUGGAGGUUUCGGUGGCUUGCAUGGAGGCUACGGUGGUAUUGGACAUGGAGGUUUCGGUAAUAUUGGUUAUGGAGGAGGACGUGGUGGUUAUGGUGGAUAUGGCAAAUAUGGAUGGCACUAA